AUGCAUCGCAAUGCGCUGAGAAGAGAAGUGAAAUACGAGGUACAAUCUCACAAAUAUGGGUGGCAUAAAUGAUUGUUAAAAAAUAAAAACAAUAUACCGUAUAGUGCCAUAAAAGUUGGUGAGGCUUUUGAUGAGCAGGGAUAUGUUAUAGGGGAAAAACAGAAGUGAAGCUUUCUAUAACCAGUUUAUUUACUUAGAAGUGCAGUCUGAUGUUCACAGGGAACAUAGAGUGGUGUAUUCAGUCCUAAUGCUAAACUUGGUUAAGCAUCAUGCGAACAACCUUUGGGCUUGGCUGCUCCUCUCACCUCUUCUGGUGUGGCUUUGAAGAGGAUAUCUGGAGCUAUCACUUUUGCUUCCAGUUAAUGGCAAUUUAGCAUAAUUUCCAAACUUCAAACUGUGGUUACUGUUAAUUAUAGUUUAAAGAAAUAAACCAGGAUCAGAAACCAUGGUUUAAAGUUGGCUUUCAGUAAACCAUAGUUAAGACUAAACAGAGUUUGCCCAGGUUUGGACGUUAGACUAAACUGUAGCUGUACCACAGGAGAAUGGAGUUGAUGAGCCAAAGGCUUGUUCACGUUAGGUUAAAUCAUACUUGAGUGUUGUGUCUGAAAUCAGCUAGUGAGUACGUCAGUGCCUGCUGGCAACUUGCUCUGGCAUUCCUGAAUUUGAAUGAGAAGCAGCCAAAAACUAGGAUUCUUAUUUAUGUGAACUGGGGUUUUGAAGGCAAAAUCUUUAUGAUCCAACAGCCCUGGUGUUUCCAAGAGGACAAAAGUUAGGUUAUAAGUUGCAGUUACCAGAAUAAUAAAACACAGUGUUCUGUCCUGAAGGCUCCAAUCUCCCUUCCAAGUUCUUCAUUAAAUUGGAUUUCUAUAGGUGUCUGGUGUGUUUGGGUUGGGGGUUGGAUGGGGAAGCUUGGUGGGCUGGGUUAGACCCCCUUGUUAGAGAUUUCCCACUACUCAUCUACAGUGAACAUGGAACUCUUGAUCCUACAACUGCCUGCAGGGGGAAGGGACCUGGUUCAGGAAGUGCUAUCAGUGUGAAGAGAGGGGAUAGAAGAAGGCAGGAACUGAUGUUUGAAUAGCACAGCAAGCAGAGGGGCACCAUUUGUAGCAAAUGCCUUGGGCCAGACAGUGUUGACUGUCUUGCUUAUACUUCAAACCUCCUGAAUCUCUUCCUCUUCUUAUACAUUAGUUCAAAAACAAAUCUAUAAAAAUCCACUAAAUCUCUUCCCACCCACUCCCUUGGCUCUCACUCCAGGAAAGCUUUUACCCAACCACAACCCAGUUAAAUCCAAACCUCUGCUAAAAAAUAAAAAGAAAUGUCAUCCUAAAUCAAUACCACAUAUCUGUUAUAAGGCAUUAGUUUCAGGAAUUACAUUCUGUUUUAUGAAUACAUAUCAAGAUAUCUGUUUUUUGUGAUAGCAAAUUAUCCAUUAUUCACUGAUUAAUUUGGGGCAAUUUAUCAUGAAAUAGGAUAUGUUUUCCUUUCAUAGGCUGGCUCCUUUUUAAGGAAUUACUUAAUGAUAAUAGGAUUAAAGUGAUUAAGUAGUGAAUGGAGUGUGGUUAACAUGUGCAUGUAAGCCUUCCCACUAAGUAACCAUAUAUUGUUACUAGAGAGGCUGGGUCCUGAUCUUCAGCUCACUUGUUUUCUCAAUAGGAAUAUACCAUGGAUGUUUUCUUUCGGCAAAUGUGGAUUGAUGAGAGGUUGAAAUUUGGUGGGCCCACUGAAAUUCUGAGAUUGAACAAUUUAAUGGUCAGUAAAAUAUGGACACCAGACACCUUUUUUAGAAAUGGGAAGAAGUCAAUUGCUCAUAAUAUGACAACUCCAAACAAACUUUUCAGGAUAAUGCAGAACGGCACCAUCCUGUAUACCAUGAGGUAAGUAGGCACUCUAAUGGCAUGUACUUUUGUUCUGACAUGUAUUUCCACCCCCAAUCUGCUGGUGAUUUAACUCAGCUCAAUUCUGCUCUCCUUUGUAGACUUACCAUUAAUGCUGACUGUCCUAUGCGUCUGGUAAACUUCCCUAUGGAUGGACAUGCUUGUCCCCUGAAGUUUGGGAGCUGUAAGUAUGCAAAUAGUUCCUAUCUUUCAGUAGAAGCAAAGUCUUAGGCAACAUAAUAUACUGCCUCUUGAUAUACUGUUUCUUGAAAUAGGGUCUUUAGCACAAUCUCUUAUAAUGCUAGUAUGUUUCUUAAAAAUGGGCCCUUAAUGAAAUAAUUUGCUGCAGUAGGAUCUUCUAGGCUAGGCAACCAGGUCGGCUGCUCAAAGCAAUGCUUUCUUACUGAGUUCCUGGACUGUGCUUUGCUACCUCAGCUGAACAUAGCCUUGGUAGUAACUUGUAAUGAUUGGUGCAGUGAUAAUAAUAAUAAUAAUAAUAAUAAUAAUAAUAAUAGUCAUAAGUUUUCAGUGUCUGUGGUUGUAAGUCUGGGGUGCAUCAGAAUUGACACUGAUCCCCACAGCCACUUUCCUUAUUUAUUCCUUUAAGAAGCAUUUUAUAUUUAAGGGGCUGAGGAGAAUGAAAUGCUUAUUCCAAUCUUAAGUUACAACCAGGAGUGCAAUUUUAGUCAUUGCUGUAAACCUUUUAGAGAAAAUCACUUGGUAAAACUAGGCUAUCCUCAAGAAUGAUACCUGCUUGGGUCAGUAGGCUUUAAGAUAAGGACUCAUAGGCGUAGAACCUAUGUUGUUGUUCAACUCCCAUCAGCCCCAGCCAGCAUGGCCAAUGGUAAGGGAAAAUGGAGUUGUAGUCCAGCAACAUCUGGGGACUCAAAGAUUUCACACCCUGUGCUAAAUCGGUGCCGAGGGAGAAAAUGGGCACACACUCAACCCUUUAUUCUUUCCCAGCCAAACUAUUUGCCUAGGAGUCUGCUGCACAAGGACGAGUUAACAGUGGAAGAGAAACUUGGCCAUUGUGCACUGAACUUACCUAUCAAAGCUUGUGUGAAGCCUUGUAAUUGGAAGCUGGGGAUGAAAGAUGCCAUGUUCAGAUCUCAAGUUUAGAAAAGCUGUCUCAUGGAAUUUGAUUUAGGAUGUGAAAACAAGUUUGCCUUGAGUCUCGCUUCAGGGUGCUUUGCCCAAGUUGAUGGAAAAAUAAAGGAUUUUUCCUGAAUUUAAUUCUUAGUUUCACAUCUCCCUCUCCAGUUCUUUGGCAAGGGAAGUGAUAUUUGUCACCUAGUCUAGUAGGAAUAUGGCAGUUCUCACCUGCUGGUGUGGAAGGAGGGAGAGUACCUAAAGGCAUGAUGAAUGAGGCUUCAAGAUGCUCUGUGAAGGAUACCAUGGCUUCCUUUCUUUCAGCCACAGGUUAAAACGUACGGGCAACAUUUUUGGGUUGGAGAGAUGCUUCAGUGGUUUCUGCAUAAGCCUGGAUAUCAUCACUAUUGCUUAGUUAUCAUGCAUGAUAGGAAUAGUUACAAUUAAUGAUUUACUGAGGGAGGUGGAUGUGUCUUGUUGGAAUUGCAGUAUAAUACUGCAAUUUCAUCUACUUUGAAGUUUCAUCUACUUUGAAAAUUAGAACACAGGGAUGGCAUUAGCCUGCUGCAACAAAAACGACAGUGUCUUUUGGCACUUUAUAGACUAAUAGAUUUAUUAUGGAGUAAGCUAUUGUGGACUAGAACUCAUCUUAUCAAAUGCAUAAAAUGUUGGUCUCAAUUGGCAGACAGCUGUCCAUUCAUCCACCACCCACCCUAUAGAGAAAAAUAUAUAAAACAUAGGCUUGGAUCAGUGCUUAGUUAGUUGCUAAGUUGGUCCCAUUGAAAUCAAUGGGACUUAAGUCAUGACUAACUUGUUGGAUUGAUUUCAUUGGGAUCUCUGUUCAACCAAUUUCAUUCAGAACUAACCCACUGGGGCCAGGUGGCCAUGAAAUGCAAGUGGUAUAAAUGGCGACAGUUCUGUGUAAAGAAUAAAUAUAUGGAAGAUAAGCACAGUGACCAUAUACAACAAAAGUGAGGAGCAGGGGGAGUGAGAUGGUUGAUAGCUGUGCCCUUUUUGAGUCUUUUCUCCAUCCACCAAGACCUAGGUUGUCCUUUCAGCCACUCUGGUAUGCUUACUUAACGCCAAGUUGGUCUUUAAGAAAAUAUCUGUCACUCACAAUUUUGUCAUAGAUGAGGGAGCUAAACUGGUGUGUAUUACCAAGACCUGGGUGGACUAGUUGGGUGGAAUUGGCCUGGUGCAGUUUUAUCUACCUGAGUACUUUGGUAAACAGCAGGGCAAGGAGGAUGUCACUGUGGUCCAUAAGGAUUCUGUCUCACUCACCAGACCGUUCCACUCCUGUGUAGAAUUCAAGGGAUUGCAUCUAGUGUGGGCCCGGGAGGCAAAAUAGGGGUGCUGCUGGUGCCUCGCCCACCCCAACUCAGGACUUCACGGCUACCACAGCCGCCAAGGAGCAUGCUGCAGUGCAUGCCGUUGAUUUGGUAUUUGCGCCAGAACUUAAAGAGGAUAGUCUGGAGCAGGGGGCUUGUAGUUUCUUUUUCUUUACAGUCUUACUAUGGUUGUCAAACGCCUUGGUACUCAUACAUUUUAGCUCCCGAAUGCUGAAAAUCUGGAAGUAAGUGUUCCGGUUUUCGAAUGUUUUUCAGAACCUGAACAUCUGACGUGGCUUCUGCUUGAGUGCAGGAAGCUCCUGCAGCCAAUCAGAAGCCGCACCUUGGUUUUCGAACAGUUUCAGGAGUCGAAUGGACUCCCGGAACAGAUAAAGUUCGAGAACCAAGGUUCCACUGUAUCUGUUUUCCACUUAACAACAGUCAUGUCUAAAUGGUGUACAGGAAAGUUAAUCCACUGUCAUGGUCAGACCAUUCCUUGGUGAGGUUUGGUCUGAUGGCAUCAGUUUCCACUGCAGGGAUUGGGGACACAUGAAGAUGGUUCACUCCCAGAGACUAAUGGAAUUUGAUGGAUUCCUGAAUACUCUUAGGGAUUUUGUGACAGAGGCGGUGAUCUUAUUGAGCCCUAUUGUUGCUGUGGAACGGUGUGGUGAAGCAGGUAAUCAAUGUGACCGCUCCUACGCGCCCUCUCUAGUGGCACGGAGCCCCAUCUUCUCCCUUAUUUUCAAGGCGGCUUGGGAAAAUGAAGCAAUUUGGACAAUGGCUGGAAUGCAAGUAGAGCAAAUCUCAGCAGGAAGACGACACAAAGUUUGCUAGAGCACACGAUUUCCCCUACCACAUGGUGGUGAAGGUGGCAAAGAAGGAUCUCUGUUGCAUCCUCAGGUAGCCAUGUGGCAGAGUUCUGAGUGGUAUGGGAAUUUUUCUUUCUUUCAAUUUUGUAUUUGCAGUUGUAACGAAAGAAAUAAUAAUAAUAAUAAUAAUAAUAAUAAUAAUAAUAACAACAACAAAACAAAAACCCCUGCCAGCUGACGUUGAAAUUAAAAUACUCCACCAUAGGGGAAUUUUUAAAGAUUGAUUCCUGUUAAUAUGAUUUUAGAACCCUUAGAAAGCUGCUGUGACAAGUUUCUGAGGUACCUUGAGAAUAAAAUUGAUUGCCCAUAGGCUGAAAUGGACACCAACAUUGAGACAGGUUCCCAAUAAAAUGGAGACUUGGCUGGUGGCUGGUUCCCAGGCCCAGAAACUGGGCAAGUUACCUGUUUUGCACAGAGCUGCACUUCCUCUGAAGGAACAGACACAUAUUCCGGGGGAUGCUCUGAGAGCCAUCACUGUCAUUGGAGGCACAAAUGGUCUCUAUGGAAAGAAACACAUUUUGCUGGCAUUGGCUGGUAAGGCAACUGUGGCUUUUCCUGGAUAGUCUGGCCAGAAUGAUCCAUGUGCUGGUAACCUCAAGACUGGAUUAAUGUAAUAUGUCAGGCUGCCUUUGAAGUUACUUUGGAACAGCCAUGGCUAGGAUUGCCACCAUGAACAUAUUGCACCAGUCUUGAAAGAGCUCCAUGGAUGUUUUUCACAUGCUGCUGAGCAAAGUUCAAGCUGCUUGCACUGACUGAAGACAGAGAGUCUUCAUUCUAUAGACCUGCCUAUGAGUUAAGAUCUAUGAAGGAAACUCACCAAACCAUUUCUAGACUUCCCUCCCUUCCCAUAAGUGGUUGGUGCUGAUUCUGCUGAGUUUUUGGCAUCAGCUGAAUGCCUUUUUUGCGUUGCUAUUUUACAUUGCUGGUUGCGUGCUAAUUUGGAUAUUUUCCUGCCUGUUGUUGUUUAAACGUGUACGUGAUUUUAAUGUCAAUGUGAUGGUAAUGGGAUUGCUCUGGUAAUGAAGAGCGGGUAAGAGAAAUAUUAUAAAUAAAUAAAACCGUGAUGGGGGAAUAAUAAUGCUGUUGUGACUGGCUGCUGUGCUAAUCUGGUGUGCGUUUAAAUUUUAUGCUGUGCCAGGAAGGGGAACCUUUUUCAGCCUGAGGACUACGUACUGCAUUCUGGGCAAGCUGCCAACGGCAGUGAGGCCAGCGGCAGAAGUGGGCAGAACAAUUAAUGUAAAUUUUACCUUUGUAGAAUAGGCUAGUUUCUACACCCACUCACAUACCAUCAUGCAUCCCCCAUCCAGGCAAACAAGAGGCAGUAACUGAGUUCAUGGGCAGAUUUCAGCCUGGCAAAAACACUCAGGGUGCAAAACAGGGUCAGUGAGGGGUGUGGCCUGGGCAGAGUGCCAGGAGCCAGACAGAGAGGCUUGGAGAGCUGCCUUCAGUGGCAGAGCUUCAUGCUCUGGCACCAGGGGCAGAGAGGAGGCGGGGGCAUGGCUGGCGCACGUCUCAGGAGUGUGACGCACCACCUGCGGGGGCAGGGCGCCCAGUGCGGGUGGGGGAGCAGCCCUGAUGGCACCCUGGGGAUCGCGCUGCCAGGGGAGGUGCACUCCCCCCGCACUCCUCUUCCUCCGCCAGGGGCUGCAUUGUGCCAGGGCCUGCAUGGUACCCUUUGCGUUUCCCAGCUUUUAGGACCUCCUGUCCACAAGUGUGAAAGUUGCACGGAAACUAAAGAGUCGUGCUGGAAAAGCAGAAAACGUUUGCCUUGUUGGCUUUUCCUUCAGCAAAUGAAAUAUGGGGGUGUCCAUUUCCCCCUUAAAUCUAGACUGUGAGAUAAGCCUGGAGCAAAUCCCUGAGUCUCUUUAACCAGGAGAGUUUGAAAUACCUCUCCUUGCAUUUUCAAUACUCAGACCCUCUAGCCCAAACAGGGAGUCUGCAGAAGCCAAAGUACAGUAUUCUCUGGCCAUUCUGAACUAGAGCAUGUGAUGGUUCAAUAACAGCAACGGGAACAGUGCAUAGAACAUAGAUCACACCACACUGUGUGCUUCAGCAGCAGCGUCUACCAAAGAAGAGAUUUGCUGCUUAUUUUUGCACUAGGAGUUAAGUAUAAUUAGCACAUGACAACCCCCCUCCUCUCUCUCUUUCUCUCUCCCUGCCUGACUCAGAUGCCUAUCCUAAAAGUGAGAUUAUUUACACCUGGAAAAAAGGACCAUUGUAUUCGGUGGAAAUUCCACAAGAAUCUUCCAGUCUUCUCCAGUAUGAUCUUAUAGGGCAAACAGUCUCUAGUGAAACGAUAAAAUCCAAUACAGGUAAGAUCACAUCUGCAUGCAGAGUGCCAACAUUAGAAUAUGACUACUGAGAUUUUCAACAUGGUACUUUUUACACGCUCACAGUGUGACUUGUCUAUGUGUCCAAUGGCACGCUUGCUCCAACUGCUAGUCCUUUGGAGAAUAAAUGAUAAUGAAUCUAUUGCUGGGAGUUCUGAUUGCUCCUCCCAGUUCCAGGCCACAUCUCUUUUCUGCCAUGCAGAAGGCGGUUAUAGGCUGAGGUGCAAAGGCAAGGAAGCGGGUGUGUUAUGGGACAAUGAAUUCACACUUUGCCUCAAAGCUUCCUAGGCAAAACUAGCUAAAAUACCAUUUUAUUUGCAAGGUUUAUAUACAGCAGGAACACUUGGGAAAUAAAAGAUGUUGUCUUGGCUGUAAAAUUCAGCUUCCUGUGCUCUCUUUCAUUACCCCCCCCCAAAAAAAAUUUAUUUAGUCCAUAUGGUUGUGAAGUUAUGCCUGGAAAUUUGCGGACAAUGUCUGUUGAAAUCUGAGAAGCCUAGCAUUUCAAAGGGACGUGGAUAAGGCCUCCCUAAUAUAAAGUAAAACCAGAAUUCAUUGAAAAAUACGGGGGAAAUGCAAAAGGGUAGAAUAUGUUUGCAAAUGCAGCUUUUCCUGAUAACAGAAUUAUUAUUUUUUAAUGAUGAAUACACACAGCCCUCCCUAUGUGUUUAUUUAAGACAUUCCAAGAUUCUCUAAUACAUGGACAAAGAUAAUGCUGAUAUACUUGUUUCCUAACAGGUGAAUACGUAAUAAUGACUGUUUAUUUCCACUUACAAAGGAAGAUGGGCUACUUCAUGAUUCAGAUAUAUACUCCCUGCAUCAUGACAGUCAUCCUCUCUCAGGUGUCUUUCUGGAUUAAUAAGGAGUCUGUUCCAGCUAGGACAGUUUUUGGUAUGCUGGUAUUAUCAUCUCUGCCCGAAACCACUCUGCAUCAUUCCAUUUAUCCACCAUUUUUCAUUGCUUUGUGUGUUUCUCAUAGGCGAGUAUUCACUUCAGGUACUCUAUUUUCAUCUGCAAAGGAAAAUAGGCUACUAUCUCAUUCAGACAUACAUCCCCUGCAUUAUGACUGUAAUCCUGUCCCAAGUUGUGUUUUGGAUCAACAAAGAAGCUGUCCCAGCAAGAACUGUGGCUGGUAUUCAUGCUUUCUUCUCAUGACCUUCAUUUGCUCGUUGCUUCGUUCGUUCAGGGUAUUGUACUGCGAUAGAGAUUAGCAUUGUUUUUAAUUAAAGAAUGUGACAGAGGAAAACUAUGUGUUGAGGAUUUACCUGGGGGUAAGUGCCACUGAAUCUUCUGUGUAGUCAUGGAUCUAACUGAACUUUUGCUGGGGAGAUGGUUUCUAAUGAACUUCCAUAGGAUCUCAUUGCAAGCCUGUAGCUCUGCGGCUCUAGGAAUUGAGUGCCACUGAACGCUUCUCUGCUCCUGCCAGUGGAAAUGAAUAGUACUUGCUGUGGCUUCUAGCUCAGGCUGUAAAUCUGUUUAUUGGGUACAUGGCAGUUACACAAAGAGAAGUUGGUGUGUGCAGAGCUUGGAAGCCUGAAAAAGGAUACAUACAGAGGCCUAACAGCUUCCUUGUCACCCUUAUUUUGCAGGGAUCACCACUGUCCUCACAAUGACUACGUUGAGCAUCAGCGCCCGCCACUCUUUGCCCAAGGUGUCUUAUGCUACUGCCAUGGAUUGGUUCAUUGCUGUGUGCUUUGCCUUUGUCUUCUCUGCACUUAUCGAGUUUGCAGCUGUCAACUACUUUACCAAUCUUCAGACUCAGAGAGCAAUGAAGAAGGCAGCCAGGGCAGCCGCACUAGCAGCCGCGCUCUCAGCAGCUACCGUACCGGCGGAGGACGAGAUAGUCUCGGUAAUUGCUCACAUUUCUGAUAAUAAGCGUCGUAUAGGAAGAGACAGCCAAAGUAGUGAAUGCCAAACAAUUGAACAAUAUUAAAGUGAUCUUAGUCUGGGAGAGAUUGCAUAAUCAAAUCGCAUCAUCAAUGCAGGAGCUGAGUAAGUUGUUUCCCCAAACUUUUAAAAGUGAAAGCGCAGGGAUUAUUUUGUGUGUGUGUGUAUUUAUAUAUAUGACUGUAUUCCAUAUCCAUUUUAUCAGAAUAUUAAUUUUCAGCCUAUCCAGUUUGCACGGCAGGAAAUAUUGCCAGGCAAAUUUCUCCAGCGCUUUCUGUGUCACUGGCAUGGAAAGCAACGCAGUAUACCCUUCAAGGGGAUGUGCACACGCCAUAUAUUCUUGGAUCAGUUUGUAACUGGCAUUCUUUAAGUGGGUCAUUGCGGGAGGGGGAGAGAAAGGGGGGAUUAGACUUUACAGAAACUUGGCAUCUUCCCAUACGCUUGGCUGUCUUGGAUGCAGCCCAGCAAAAGUUAUGGAAUGGCUGGAAUCUUGCAGUGCCCAACUCACACGAGAUAUUAAAGGGCUUUACUUCAUAGAAGGAAAAGCUGCUGCGCUGGUAAUUUCAAACAUCUUGUGUUUCCAUCAUGAUAGAAAUGCAAUUUAAGAACUGCUUGGCAGAUGCAGCAGUGAGAGAGACCCUUCUGGGCAAAGUCCCACUCCUCUCUUUGAUUCCUCAAUGCCCUCAUGGUUCAGAGAUUCCCUAGAUGGCCCCAAUAUACUUCUUAACUUUCUUUCCUGCCUCCUCACUGGGAUUCCUACCUUUUUUUUGCCCACCCCUGCUCAUUUGCAUCUGCAACCCAGCACAGAGAAAUUAAGCAGGUGAAGCUUUCCCCAUCACUUCUUUCUGUGUCAAGGAAAAUUUAGUUCCUGAACCUCUAUGCAGAGUCACAGGGACAGAGCCGUUUCCUCCACACGGAUCCGGUACAGGAAGAAGAGUGAGGAAGCCUGCAGUCAACUUCACUGAACAGGGAGCCCGCAGUGUAGGGAUGGUGAACUUAGCCUAGAACUGAUGGGACCCUGAGUUGAAAAAUACCUGGAGGGCCACAGGUUCCCAGCCCUACAGUGGUGGCCUGAGAAAUUCUUGCCACACAGAUGGAAAGGACAAUAGCACAAUGGUAAAAUAUAUGCUAGCUAUGCAGAAAGUCCUUUGUUUAAUCUCUGGCAUCUUUCAAUAGGGCUGGGAAAGUCCUACAGACAACAAUGAGCUAGAUCAGGGAUAUGGGAACAGCUCAUUCAUUCGUUCAUUCAUUUCUUAUUUAUUCCAUUUGUUUACCACUCUUCACAACACUGAGUGCAGGUAGUCCUUCCAAAUGGCCCAUGAGGUCAUUUCUUGCAAGCCAAACCCACCUAUCAUUGAGGUGACACCAUCUGAUGUUACCUGUAAACAGGGGAGGAGCAAGGUGGGGGUGGUGAGGGCGGACCGCCCCGGGUGUCAUCAGAGGAGGCAGGAGGCAGGUGGGCAAACAAACAAGCAGCGGGUGGAGGGAAGGAGAGAAGCAGAAGCUCCCUCAACUCAGGACCCAACCCUGUACCCCCCCCCAAAAAAGCUCAACAACUUUGGCCAACCCUCCCCUAAAAAAAGUUGAACAACUCCUGGCAAUGACAAUGGGUAGAUCACAGCUAGUCUUUUUAUACUGUGAGUAGAUCCUUGCUCCUACCAACCUAGCAGUUCGAAAGCACGUCAAAGUGCAAGUAGAUAAAUAGGUACCACUCCGGCGGGAAAGUAAAUGGCGUUUCCGUGUGCUGCUCUGGUUUACCAGAACCAGCUUUUCAUGCUGGCCACAUGACCCGGAACCUGUAUGCCUGCUCCCUUGGCCAAUAAAGCGAGAUGAGUGCCGCAACCCCAGAAUCGGCCACGACUGCACCUGGUACCACCUGACCUUGCUAUGCCACUGCCUGUCAAUCAUUCCUGCUGAUGCAAGUGCUUUCUGUGUCACGGCACAUUUCCAUGCCUUACUGCAGCAUCUUCAGUUGAUUGUGGCUUCAGUUGUCACUUGUGUCAGUGGCCUGGCUUAGUAUGGCUGCUUUCUGUGUUGAUACUAAAUAGGGCCCCAGGAAGCUGGAAGAUGGCAUACAUAACCUGUUACGGGUUCCCCCCUUAUUUAUUUCCUUGGGUAACUUCCUUUAAAGUGGGUUGCUGUGGUGAAGUAAACAUAAGGGCUGUUUACCACACACUGAACUCCAUAUCGGUUUAUGAUGCUAUUCUAUGCUAUGAUUGGUAUAUUUUUCCUGGAAGCAUUUCCGGACCUUUAAACAAUUUUAUGUUGGAUGGGCAGAUGCUUAAUGGAUACACUUUUCCACGCAUGCCCUGAAAAACAUCUGUUGAAUUUUAUGCAGGUGCCUAAGGUACAGGAGCUCUACCAGGAAAGGGAGAAAUGCUCUUUAAUAAACUUGUACCUCCUGUUCCAUUAACGCCUGCAUGACAGGCAAGCAACUGAGGAACUGAAGUUUUCCCUGUCAUUAAAGGUUCUGUUGUUGAACAUUUACUAGUUGUACAGCUGUUCAAAGUACAGGAACCCUGAAAGAAAAAAAAGUCUUCAAUGCUUUGACCACAUUAUGGAGUUGACAGCAUAAUUCAAUUAUAUUGAAUUGAUAAUAGCCAGAUGCAUACGGACAGGUUAAGUGAAGGAUGGGGAAAACCCUCCACUCCUUCAGAUAUUAAAAAGGUAAAGGGACCCCUGAUCAUUAGGUCCAGUCGUGACCAACGCUGGAGUUGUGGCACUCAUCUCGCUUUAUUGGCCGAGGGAGCCGGCGUACAGCUUCCGGGUCAUGUGGCCAGCAUGACUAAGCUGCUUCUGGCGAACCAGAGCAGCGCAUGGAAAUGCCGUUUACCUUCCCACUGGAGCGGUACCUAUUUAUCUACUUGCACUUUGACGUGCUUUCGAACUGCUAGGUUGGCAGGAGCAGGGACUGAGGAACGGGAGCUUACCCCGGUGCGGGGAUUCGAACCGCCAACCUUCUGAUCAGCAAGUCCUAGGCUCUGUGGUUUAACCUACAGCACCACCCGCAUCCCCCUUCAGAUAUUAGAACACCCCAAAAUAAGGUGCUGCUCUUUGGAUAACACAGGCUUGGGUGUUUUAAGAGCUACUGCUAGUGGGUUGGAGCGUGACUACAGAAAUGAAUUCCGUCCAAGAGGAGUCAUUAUACUUGGAAUGGGAUAGUGCUGAGGAUAUAUAUCCUACUCCCUACCCCAGUUGCUUUCCCUCUUCAUUUCUACUCCUGCUGGUAGUCCUGCAUGCCAGUUAUUCACUGUAUAGGCUGCUGAAGUGUAGGAGGUCAGCCAUGUGUUUGAUGAUCAAGCUGUGUAGGUUUUACUAAUGCUGAUAUUAUUGUUUAGUCAUAUCUGCAUGCGGUGGAGAAGGGAGGUGGGUUUAGAUUGCACCUUGUGUUCAUCUCUUUUAUGGACAAAACAUUAUUUGUCUUUAUGGAUGCAGAAAACCAGAAGCAGGGGACAUUUCCUCCACCACUCACUGCAUCACAAUGUUGAGGUGGGAAGAAAAGCUUUACGUGAGUCUCUGCUUGUCAAGGAGGGACACGUGGGUUAAACCACAGAGCCUAGGGCUUGCCGAUCAGAAGGUCGGUGGUUCGAAUUCCCGUGAUGGGGUGAGCUCCUGUUGCUCGGUCCCUGCUCCUGCCAACCUAGUAGUUUGAAAGCACGUCAAAGUGCAAGUAGAUAAAUAGGUACCGCUCCAGCGGGAAGGUAAAAGGCGUUUCCGUGCGCUGCUCUGGUUCGCCAGAAGCGGCUUAGUCAUGCUGGCCACAUGACCUGGAAGCUGUACGCCGGCUCCCUUGGCCAGUAAAGUGAGAUGAGUGCUGCAACCCCAGAGUCAGUCAUGACUGGACCAAAUGGUCAGAGGUCCCUUUACCUUUUACUGCUUGUUAAAUGGCAAUUUUUAAAGAACACAAAAAGCAAAGGAAGCCGAACUCUGGUCAGUGUACCACACUCAGGGGCCAGGUUUUUCCACUGAUUUCUGCAAUCAGCACAUUCCAGUGAUAAGGCUUUUCCCUGGACUGUGACUUUCCUGCAAGUUUGAAUGCUUCCCCACCAAAAUCUCCCUCACCUGCAUUUGGAAAAAUGUUAGUAAAAAGGUUAGGCUAAAUAUUGCUCCCUGGCAUGCUGUUUUUCUAUGCACGUGUUUUGGAGUUGGUUGCAAGGUGGGGAAUAUAAUGCAUGCUUGUGUGUUAUUUUCACUGUUGUGGAUCCUAGCAUGUGCUUUUUUGUAUAUAUUACUUGUCUGAAGAACUGCAUUGCUAAAGUGCAGAUUUUGAAAGAUGGUUGUGUUUUGGUUUGUGAACUUUCUAGAUUCUCCUUUAAAUGCAAACUGAAUCAAAUCUCUCCCCCAUCCCUACGUGUGAUACAACAAUGUUGGAUUUAGGAUGGGAUCAAGAGGGACAGAAACCCUACUCAGACAUUUGUUCUUCUUCAUAUAGAUAUGGAAGUGGGGAUGAGCACCUUUACUCCACCUGUUCCAUUGCAUUUCCGUUCACCCUCCAUGAGUUGGAGGGUGGUGGUCCAUAGCAGGGAGCUUGCUCAACUCCUGCAGACUCCCUGAUACACAGUGCUGAUGGCCAACCUCCGACUGUGAAUGGCUGGGAAUGUGCCAAAGAGGACAGGGCAUGAGUGCUCAUCCCUGUUCUUCCUCUGUGCAAUCAACAUUGCAUAUACAGUCGUACCUUGGAUCCCGAAUGCCUUGCGAGUCGAACGUUUUGGCUCCCGAACGCCGCAAACCCAGAAGUGAAUGUUCCAGUCUGUGAAUGUUCUGUGGAACCAGAACGUCCAAUGCAACUUCCACAGCUUCCAAUUGGCUGCAGGAGCUUCCUGCAGCCAAUCAGAAGCUGGGCCUUGGUUUCCAAACAUCUUGGAAGUCAAAUGGAUUUCCAGAAUGGAUUCCGUUCAACUUCCUAGGUACCAUUGUAGUAACAACUGACUGGAGAGGAUAGGGAGAUAGCAGGAUGCCAUAGUUUCUUGAAGGGCUAUUAUUGCCAUUAAAGGUAAUGGUAAAGGGACCCCUGACCAUUAGGUCCAGUCGUGACCGUCUCUGGGGUUGCGGCGCUCAUCUCGCUUUAUUGGCCGAGGGAGCCAGUGUACAGCUUCCGUGUCGUGCGGCCAGCAUGACUAAGCUGCUUGUGGCAAACCAGAGCAGCGCACGGAAACGCCGUUUACCUUACCGCCGGUGUGGUACCUAUUCAUCUACUUGCACUUUGACAUGCUUUCAAACUGCUAGGUUGGCAGGAGCAGGGACUGAGCAACGGGAGCUCACCCCAUCGCCGGGAUUCGAACCGCCGACCUUCUUAUCGGCAAGUCCUAGGCUCUGUGGUUUAACCCACAGCGCCACCCGCGUCCCUUCAUUAUUGCCAUUAGGAGUGCUCAAACAAAAGGGAGAGCUGGCAUUUUGCUUAUAAAUAUGCCUAUGUAUUUUAAACACACACACACACACUUUAAAUUAGUGUGGUUGGAAAGAUUGCCUUUUGGUGACAACAUAACCCCUCUCCCCAAGUUCAAGAUCAGCUCGAGAAGCAGGGAUAAAGCCUGCCUGCCAUCCUGCUGAAGCUAGUUCCAGCUCUGUUGCCAGCUGACGAUAGCUGGCAGUGCCUGUAGUUGACAGGGCCUGUACGCCUAAGGCAGCACCUUAAUGUUUGCAUUUUUCAUUGCAAUGCCUUAUAGACACUUGUAAGAAUAAGCGCACAUAAUAGGCUUGCCAACGCUCAGAAAAUGCUAUAUAGCUUUUAAAAAAUGUCAUGACAUUUGAGAAGGGCUCAGUAGAAAUGACUGAAAUAUCAUUUGAUUUGUCGGUAUCACAUUGCCUAUUAGGUACACAGCGUAAGAGCAAAAUAAGGUUUACAAAAGCAACAUGAACCAAUGCCAGACAACAGGAGUGGAUGGCCCUUUUAAUAACUAGGGCUGGAUCCUGUGCACAUUUAUCUGGGAGUGAGAUGUGCUGGACUCUGUUUCUGAAUUUGUAGGCACACAAAUGGAGUGCAACUUAACAGUACUAGCAUUAUUUGAGUGCCACUUUUCAGAACCGAAGCUCUCCAUGAAAUGGAGAGUUGAAUGGAGUAUCCUGGAUAAGGGGAUGGCUGGCUGGCUAGAACACAUAAGCAGGAACAUUUCAAAUUGGAACAUUUUUAUGUGGUAUUAUGUAGUUUUAUGUAGAAAAACAAUGACCAACAUGCAUGCAGAAGGGUAUUGGAGUCUCCAUGUGUGAUGGUGGUGAUUGGCAAAAUAUUUGCUUGGGCCCCCAACCAAAUCUUCUAAAAGGGUAUCAAGUAAUAUCAACUCCUUUGAUUCAUAAUGCUGUAAGUCAAGUACAGCAAGGUCUAUUUAUGGGGGUUAUUUUAAUUUUGUAUUCCACUUUUGAAGCUCAGGUAGCUUUCAUGGUGGCUCUCCUGUUAUCCAGAAGCACCACUGUCACAACCUCAACAAGAGAACGUUUGGGAAUUCAGAAUAUAUUCACUUUCUAUGGACUAAACGUUUUGGCAUCAAGAACAGUGAAUUACAAAAGGAGAGGUGGAACUAUAUAUAUAUAUAUCCCUGUUUGCGGGGAUUUUUUAAAAACAAAAACAAACAAACAAAUGUUUUCUAUUUCAUUCUUGCACAAUAGAUAUUUCUGCUUAUAAUCCGAUUUCGAUCUGAGCUAUGUGUUAUAGUUGUAGGAGACUAUAUUAAAAUAGAGCAACUGUGAAAGUAAAGAACAUUGAAGGAAUAUCUCAGUUCCUCUUAGAACUGCAGCACACAGUUCACAGUAAUACUGGUAGCAGACAAUAUACUACAUUUAAAUUGCUGGAUUUGUCCUAUAUUUACAUUCUGUAUUUACAUUCUCUGUAUAUAUACACAUAACAACUCAUUAAAAACAAGUAAAACAAGGAACCCAAACCCAGCAAGUGAUGCAUCAGGUUGACUAGUGUCUGUGCAAAUCUUGAUCUGUUGCUUCCAUGAGACUGCAGUGACAUCGGGAGAUAAUGCAUCUUUAAAUGGCGCAUGGAAAAGCUUUUUACCUGCCAGGAUUGUAUAUAUCUCCUGCUGCUAGUGCUACUGACAUUAAUAGCAUCAAGAGACCAAAUUGCAGAAGUUUCUUUCCCAAAUAUAGAAGCAGAUAAUGGGUAAGAGGGAGAGAGAAAAAUGAAUGUAGGCUGUCCUUUAAUUAAUUUAGACUGGAGAUUUGAAUAGAAUUCUGGAACAGGCCUGGAUAAAAGAAGAAGAAGAUCAACACGUGUUUUAUAAAUUAGCAGUGCUGUGAGAUAUUAAUGUUGCAAUAAUAACAAUAAUAUCAUUUAAGUGAUUGUCUCUCAUAUUAUUAGUCAGUCUUUUAUUGCUGGCAUGGUUUAUUGUUGGGAUGACUCUUGAUGGAGAGACUUUCCAUGGGAUAGGACCCACCUAUUGAGAGGCUUUCUCUUUUACCAGUUGUAAUCUCCAAGUGUGGCUGUCACAAUGUGGGAAGUGCUGCUCAGAUAUUUGAUAAAGGGAGAUUCUCUCCUUUUAACUCUCUCUAAGAGCUGGUGCGCAGGGCAUUCAAUGCACCUGUUUGCCAACAGACUGAGUGCACACAAGGAGGCCACACUUUUUCAUGCAACACACAAUUAAAUUAUAUCUUCAACAUAAAUCAAGAUAUAAACUCAGUUCUUCUAAGAUACUGUGAUUGCCACUAAUAGUAUGAGACCUGAGACCAUUGUGGAGGAAUAAUCUAUCAAUGAUUAUUAGCUACACGACAUUAAAAAUAGGAUUCCUGUAUAUCUCUGAUUACUAAAUACUGGAGACCAAGAAGGAUAUUACCCACCAUCCAUUGUUUGUGAACUUCCAGACUGCUUGAUUAGAUUGUGUUCUUGUAAUGAUAUCAAUUUCACAGAACUCAUGCUGUUUAAUGGUAAUAUUUGUCACCUGCAGCAAUUUCCGUUUACCUGAAUAUGGGUAAUAUCAGCUUUAGCUAUCCAUGUACGAGCAGUUGUAACAAUUGCUGAAGCACAAAGACCUGUGGUCCUAUCGCCCUGGAGGCUCCAGGGCUAUCAUCGCACAUUGUCCAAUGUCAGUGCCGUCUUGUGACAUUAUACUGCCUGAGGAGGUGCAGCAAAUGGCAGCCUCCAAAUCGGCCAAAAUGCAGUUACCCAGGCUAGCCAGUCCCUUAUUUUCUGUUUCUAUUUAUUAAAUUUGUUUGUCACUUUUCACAAGCAGGACUGCUCCAAAGCAACUUACAGCAUGAAAUGCGUUACAGAUGUAUAAAACAGGAGUAAAACACAAUACCUAAAUGAUAUUAAAAGAACAAAUCCUAUUCACCUGACUAAAAGAUGAACACUAAAAAGGCCAGAAAACAACUCACUACCCUCCCAACCAACCACCAAAGGUGGGAGAAUGGAGAUAGACUUCAAGGCCUGAGAGCUGGAAGCUCCAUUUCAUAUUAUGCCAUCACACUAGGAAUUCCAUUUUUAAAACUGUGAAGCUGAUCUGAUCAGUCACAUGAACCAAAGGAGAGGAUUUGCUGUUAUGAAGAGAGAUUUAGUGAAAUAUAGGAAGCUUCUUGGGACGCGGGUGGCGCUGUGGGUAAAACCUCAGCGCCUAGGACUUGCCGAUCGUUAGGUCGGCGGUUCGAAUCCCCGUGGCGGGGUGCGCUCCCGUCGCUCGGUCCCAGCGCCUGCCUGCCAACCUAGCAGUUCGAAAGCACCCUUGGGUGCAAGUAGAUAAAUAGGGACCGCUUACUAGCGGGAAGGUAAACGGUGUUCUGUGUGCUGUGCUGGCUCGCCAGAUGCAGCUUGUCAUGCUGGCCACGUGACCCGGAAGUGUCUCCGGACAGCGCUGGCCCCCGGCCUCUUGAGUGAGAUGGGCGCACAACCCUAGAGUCGGACACGACUGCCCCGUACGGGCAGGGGUACCUUUAGGAAGCUUCUUAGUAACAUAGAAUUGGAAGGGACAAUGAGGGUCAUCUAGUCCAACCCCCUGCAAUGCAGGAAUCUUUUACCCAACAUGGGGCUUGAACCCACAACCCUAAGAUUAAGAGUCUCAUGCUCUACUGGCUGAGUCAUCUUGGACAGUAGGAGUAGCUGAGUGUGAACCGGUAGCCUGUAGACACUGGAGAUAAAUUGCAGAUAUAUUUUGAUCCCAAACUGAGGUCUGGCAUCGCAAUUGGAACAGGAAGCAGUUCUUGCCGUAAGCUAGUUAAAUGGAUUAGGAGGUGGGAAUUGUAUUUUUUGUACAUUAUUCUUUUAAGAAGAACUGCAAGAAUGGGAACUCUAUUGGCAAUCUAUGGCAAUUAUGCCAAAAGGCUCUUCUAGUGAUAUAUCUGCUUGUUAAAUGUGAAGCAUGCAUAUUGAGCAAAGGUAAUAAUCUGAUUUUUCCCCACAAUAGCAUUACAACAUCAAACACCUAUAUCCUGAAUCUAAUACAUUACAGAGGAAAUAAGAGAGGUCCAUUUCCUGACUGCCAAUUUGAUGUUAUUGUAAUUGAUUUCUUUUAACUUUACUGGAGAUGCCACUAAGGUACAUAAUUCGCAGAUAUAUGGAAAGUAGAAAUAAUAACUAUAUCGAUGUCUUGGUGUAAACUUUUUAUGGCAUCUAGGAACAUAGAGAAGUAUUCAUUUUAUGUGACUGCCUGACUACAAGUUGCACUGAUAGCAGGAAUCAAAUAUCCAUAGCACAAAGCGGACACAAUUUGGUGAUAUUUUAAUACGAAUACCCCUUGAAAGUAUUCCACAGAAAUAUAGAAUGGUAGGUAUAAAUUGCCUCUUUAAAGUACAGGGUGAAUAAAUAAUACCCUCAAAAUAAGUUAGUACAAGUGUUAGCAGAAUGCAAUGCAAUAAAGUAUAGUAGCUGCAUUUUAAGACCUCAAGCCCCCAUCUUCACUCAGACAUAUCUAAGAAAUGUGCUCAAAUUUAUUGCCCUCUUGGAGAAAGUAUUAGCAUACUAAGAAGAAAUAUAAAAUCUCAUAGAAAUUCAAGUUGAGAACACUUAACAGCUAAAACCAACACUAACACCCCAGCUUAACUGCCAUGAAUGAAAGUAAGGGUCACUAUUUAUAUAAUAUAUGAAUUGACCCAGUGUCCAUGAGAUUUCCUUUCAUCCAUUAGAAAUAAUUCCCACUAAGAAACCAUCUGUAGUUGCUGUUAUGGCACGGGCAGUCUUUGCAAUAGAAGUGGAUAUCCAUUCUGAAUUUUUGUUGGAACGUGAAAGACUGGGUUUGGUCCAAAGCUUUCCUGCUUAUCCUGACAUUGUUGACCCUCCUCCCUUCCCCCCUCCAUCAUAAACAGAACUGGAAGAAGGCCCCAGAAUUCUGGGCCUACCUGUGUGUGACAUGUGCUGCGAUUAGCAUGCGGUGUAACUCUGUUCAGAAGGGACAAGGAUUCUAAUAAGGCAGGCGGCAGCGCUUUCAUUCCUUUCGUAAAGCAAAGGCACCUCAAGCCAAAUCUGAAAGUGACUGUGACUGAAAGCAGUGGCUCAAAGACUCCAUUUAUAGAGCAGGAUUAUUAUGAUGAUUAGUGCAAGUGGACAUGGAUAACCCUCUUUCUGCUUCUGUGACACAUCUGUGGAUGAUCUCCCCUUUAAAUCUGUCUUCGGCUUGCUGUGUAGGAGGGAAAAUAGAAAAUCAGACAUCUGUGUUCCUGAUAGGCAGAGCCCCAUCGUAUAUAUGUACAUGUAGACUUUAGAACCUUCUGCAAAGCAUUUUCCCUGCCAGUUAUUUGGGUUAUAAUGUGAGUGGCAAAGGAAUGACGAUUCAAGAAAUGGACAUUUUAGAAUGGGGAGGUGGGGGGGAGCAGGAGUGACUGAGUUUGUUUGGUCUACAGAAAAGUAGGUCACUAGAAGAUCUUCUCUUUCUGAAAAUCAAAUAUGAUGGGAGAACACCCAAUUAUCCCCAUCACUGGGGAUCCUGUGCAUAUAUCCAAAUGUUGUAUUUCCAUUCCAUUUCUGAAAGAGGCCUCUAUUAGGAGGUGCUGCCAGUUGCUAUUGAAAUGGGAACUCUCUCCAAUCCCUCCCCCCCCUUAGCUUAGCUUUUUGGGAGUUUGUCUCAGGAUUGCUGGGAUAUGAAGAUAUCCUUGUGUUCUCUGUACCUCCUUUUAUUAUGGCAGUCUGUAGCGCAUGAGUGAAUAUAUGUGCAGUGAGAAAGAGGAUUGUAGCAGAAGCUCCAUCUCUACUUUCAAAAGUGUGAAGGCUUCAUGUAUGGAUAGAGAGGGAGAGACAGACUCUCAUGUUCUAUAUACAGUGGUACCUUGGGUUACAGAUGCUUCAGGUUACAGACGCUUCAGGUUACAGACUCUGCUAACCCAGAAAUAGUACCUCGGGUUAAGAACUUUGCCUCAGAAUGAGAACAGAAAUCGCGCGGCGGCAGUGGGAGGCCCCAUUAGCUAAAGUGGUACCUCAGGUUAAGAACAGUUUCAGGUUAAGAACGGACCUCCAGAACGAAUUAAGUUCUUAACCUGAGGUACCACUAUACCUCUUUAUGUGAAUAUUCUAACCAAAGAUGCAAUAAUACAGUGGAUAUUUUAGAACAGGUUUGCCUCCUGGAUGGCUAAUUUGUAACUGUGGAGCCAGUCCUUAAGCACAGCACUUAAGCUGGCCUUCUCUAGUGGACUAGGUAAAGGGACACCAUCUUAAGUUGUCAGUGGCAUUUGCUGUGUAGCACGGAAUGAAUCUUUUGCUUUUGCAAUGGAAACGCUUGGUGCUAUCACUGUAUCACACUAUCAGAUCACUGGCAGGGAACCACAGUGGAGAUGAGCUUCAUAAGCUUUGCAAUAUUCUCCCAGGGCCAAUUCAGGUAAACAGAUCACUUGGUAAUAAUCCCAUCAUGUGCCAGCUUUCUCUAUCAAUGACCAUGGCCUGUGUAUGACAAAGAGGUCUUCCCUGUAGAGAUGUGGGCCGUUACUAAGGAAAGCAAGAGACCUGUCUAAGAACAGACCCAUUUUUUUUGCUACUGAGACAGCUGCAUUAGGUCUUUUGUUUUCCUUUUUCAGUCUCAAUUUAAAAAUCUGCAUACAUUUAAAUAAUUGAAAAGUGUGCUUACAUUUAAUGCAAUUAACAUGUUACGUUAAUUCUUUUUCCCUGUGGGAAAGUUUGCAUCUCUGUUUGGUAAUGAGUUUGCCACCAUGAGUCUGCACCACAGCCAGCGAAGGCCUAGGAAGAUUAUUCUGGUUCUGAGAUAUGUUUGUUAGUGAAGUGGGAGGUUUUGCAGAGGAAAAGCCUAUGUGCCUCAAUUCCACCCUCAGCCUGUCUCCUCCACUGUUCCCCACUUUACACAGUGCUGAUUGCUGCAUGGUGGGAAAGGGCUUUUCUUAUGAAAAGUUCAAUAUAUAUAUAUUUUGUUAACUUUGCUGCAUUAAGUGUGCAUUCUGUAGUUGAUUUCCUUUGUAAUGCUUUAUUUUUAAAUUGGUAAGAUAAUAUUUUUGUUUCUUGUUAAUUAUAUUGCUUGGAAUAUUAACUUUAUAUUUGACUUUCUCCAGUAAUGUUUUAUUCUCGAUUGUUUUAUUUCAUGUUUUAAUGUAAUAAUAAUAAUAAUAAUAAUAAUAAUAAUAAUAAUAAUUUAUUAUUUGUACCCUGCCCAUCUGGCUGGGCCUCCCCAGCCACUCUGGGCGGCUUCCAUAGAAACCAAAAAUACAGUAAAAUAUCACAGAUUAAAAACUUCCCUGAACAGGGCUGCCUUAAGAUGUCUUCUAAAUGUCAGGUAGUUAUUUAUCGCUUUGACAUCUGAUGGGAGGGUGUUCCACAGGGCGGGCGCCACUACCGAGAAGGCCCUCUGCCUGGUUCCCUGUAGCUUUGCUUCUCGCAAUGAGGGAACCGCCAGAAGGCCCUCGGCGCUGGACCUCAGCGUCCGGGCAGAGCGAUGGGGGUGGAGACGCUCCUUCAGGUAUACUGGGCCGAGGCCGUUUAGGGCUUUAAAGGUCAACACCAGCACUUUGAAUUGUGCUCGGAAACGUACUGGGAGCCAAUGUAGGUCUUUCAAGACCGGUGUUAUGUGGUCUCGGCGGCCGCCCCCCCAGUCACCAGUCUAGCUGCCGCAUUCUGGAUUAGUUGUAGUUUCCGAGUCACCUUCAAAGGUAGCCCCACGUAGAGCGCAUUGCAGUAGUCCAAGCGGGAGAUAACUAGAGCAUGUACCACUCUGGCGAGACAGUCCGUGGGCAGGUAGGGUCUCAGCCUGCGUACCAGGUGGAGUUGGUAGACAGCUGCCCUGGAUACAGAAUUGACCUGCGCCUCCAUGGACAGCUGUGAGUCCAAAAUGACUCCCAGGCUGCGCACCUGGUCCUUCAGGGGCACAGUUACCCUAUUCAGGACCAGGGAGUCCUCCAUACCAGUGGAGUUUGUAAACCGCUUUGAACUUUUUUCUUAAAAUUAUAAAGUAGUAUAGAAAUGAUGAUAAUGAUGAUGAUGAUGAUAAUAUAUUAAUGGAAAUAACUAUACACUCAUAUCCAGAUUGUAUUGACCAUUGAAGCAUACAACUAUCCUUUCUACAUCAGUAAAACAUAGAACAAAGCAAAUCUUGAUGUAAUCCUUAAACUGCUGACAGCUGCUUUUUAAUAGUGUUUUGUAAAGCCCAUGUGCACAUCAUCAAUACAGAGAAAGGGAGAGGGGGAUGUCCCAAGAGAGGACCAAAGGAACUGAAAUCUGUGGCAAACUGUGCAGUUUGCAAAUUUUGAAAAGGCAACAGUGGGACAAAGGAGAACCCGGACUGCAUUGGCUUCACUUCAGAAAUAAGAUCAUAUAAUCCAGAAUCUUGAGAGAAAUUUAGACUGGCAAAAUUUCCAAAACAUUUCUAGUUUAUGAAGAACACCUGGCAAUGCAGAGCAAAACCAGGUGAAAGCACUUGCCCAGAACCAGUGUUGGGGCUCCCAUUGCUUUGAACCGAAAGCUUCACUCUCCUGCUUGCAUCCGUGACUGUAUCCCCUCAGUAGUGAGCGUUGAGGCUCCGUUUGGUUUCUUCCACUCUUAAAUGUGUUUGUCCUCAAGCCUCCCUUGCAGACACUCACACACAAUUAUGUAUCCUUGCUGGGUGACACACAACAUGAAAUGACUCUUAAAUAUAUUAGCCCCAAACUGCUGUUGUAAAUGCUGCAGGCCAUAGCGAGAUGUGGAAAACAAAGCCAUAUAAUAAUUUGCGUUUGGUAGAGGUGGAAAUUGAGAGAGCAAAGCAUUCUUCAAGUCCAGAAAGGAGAGGUUGCUAGGAAAUUAUAGGAGAGGGGGACAGCAUAUGGAGACCAUUUUGGUUCAGUUUUUAAGUGAAUGCAAUAUUUGAUGUUUGAAUUUGUCCUUGGAAAAUUACAGUUUAUUAGAGGAAAGUGCAGUUCGCUACAGAAAUAAAACUGUUGUUGGCUUUCUUCCAAUCUUCCUUUUUAAAAACAUACACACAGCAAAAUAUGUCGUCUCUGGAUUCUUCUAUAAGGAUGUUUUCUCAUUUCAUGUCAGAGCAUUCCACCAAAUAUAACCUGCCAACAAAGAAUGGAGAUCAGAGGGAUAAGAUGCAGAUACAUAGAUUUCAAGGGUGACAACAAUGACUUCCAGUGUUUCUGUGCUUGUUUGUUUCAUGUUGAUUUUAGAGCAGGCAGUAGCAGCUAGGGGGUGGGAGAAUGAUUAAAAAAUGGAAGAGGGGAAAACAAGAAUUUAAUAUUCUUAAAUAUUAAGUAUGGUGAAUAAAACCACAGAGCCGAGUUUCUUGUAAACGGUGUCGUAACUAUAUUUCUCCUUGUAGCACUCCGACUCCAACUGCAACUUGAAGAAGCGAGUCAACUCUAUGACGUCUCAAACAGAUCAAUCCCUCGAAACAAGCAUGUUGUCCAAUAGUGCAUCUCAAAGUCAACAGACAUCUGUUACUACGCCACCGCCGCCACCACCACCACCACUAAUUGGAGGCACGAGUAAAAUAGAUCAGUACUCCAGGAUCCUCUUUCCAGUGGCAUUUGCAGGAUUCAACCUGGUAUACUGGGUGGUUUACCUUUCAAAGGACACUAUGGAAGUGAGUAGCAGUAUUCUCCAGCAAUAUGAAACCUGAAUCUGUAUUGAGCUGAAUUUAACACUAAAGGAGAAGUUUUUGAAUGAAUAGCUAUACCAUGGGCCCACCACAUACAAGUACUGUAAGAAUUUGCUUCCAGGGGUCCACGCACAAAGGCCAAAUUGCACAAAGUCAGGAACCCCUGGAACUGCCUCCACAAAGUGGAAUGCUGCUUACUGUGAUCUGAGAAGGUCACGGGAGGCCCCUAAGAGCUUCCCAGAGCCCUCCCUCGACCUUCCCAGACCCCUGUAAGUGAGGAGGUGCCUUCGUUACCAGCCUCUGGGACACUUCCAGAGCCCUCACACCUCCUUCCCAAAGCCUGGUAAGCAAGGAAAACCUGCUGGGUGGAUGGAAUUAAAUAAAUGAGAAGUGGAGAACUUUGUCUUGCAGGCUUACUGUAGUUGGUAUCUUAAAGUCAUGGUCAAGGCCAUGACCAAAAGGGAUUUACUUUUCAUUUUGAUGGAGGAAAAAUCAAUUCAUGAAAAGGGAGGGUGCAAGUAUGGAUUUUCUUUUUCUAUUAAAGUGACUGGGCAAGCUGGCUCAUGCAGGAGUUCCUUCUCCUACACAGUGAGUGAGAGAGAGAGAGAGAGAGAGCGCGACCGACAGACAGACAGACAGACAGCGCUAGAGAAUAUAGAUUGACUCCUAAGAUAAGAAAGUUUCACAUUCCUUCUCUCCUGCAACACCCCUGCCAGCCUCUCUAUAGGGUCUGGGGCCUCUCCUGAAUAAUGGGGCAUGGGGUGGGGUGGGGUUGUAGGCCAGGGAUGGGAUACAGAACUUUCCUUCUGUAAACUUCCUCAAGUUAACUUUUCUUUAGGAUCCAAGCCAAUAUGUUUAUUUUGUAUUUGUUUGUUAAAUUUGUAUCUUGCCUUUCCACCAAACAGUACUUAAAAGUGGCAAAUGAUGGCAAUACAAAUGCAAUGGUUGUUCAGAAGUUAAAGCCAGAUGAACACCUGGUGGUUUGCUUUGGGAGUCACCAGCUAAUCUGACCAGGAGAUGGGCUGAAUCGGGGUAAUCAAUGUAGAGCCCUUCAGAUGUUGUUGGGUCUCCAAACUUCCAUCCAGGCAAGAUGGCCAGAGGUCAAUGUUUAUGGGGGCUGUAGCACAGCAACAUCUACAGUGCAUCAUAUUGGCUGCCCCUAGGAUGGAUAGAACAGUCUGCUGCCUUGAGCCCUCAUAUGAUUACCAUCACCUAUGAACUUUUUGAUGUCAUUUGACUCUUCAUAUGUGAUAAUAAAAGCAUUAGGAAGCAUCCAGUUAUAUUUGAAAACAGCCUACUAGCUCCACUAGUUGCAUUACCCCUGUUCACAAGGAAUAAAUAAUAAUAAUACCUGGCAAUGAAAUAUUAUAAUAUAUUUGGCUGAUAUGGGGUGGGCAUUUUAAAACUGAAAAUCUACUUACAGUGAAAUUAUCUAUGAAGCUAAAUCAUGUUUCCGCACAAACAGGAAUAGCGACUCCUGGGGAAAUAAGUUGCUUCCUAACUGUAUGGUGGUAGCCUAGAUCUUCAGGCACAGUAAAAGAAUUCUAUUUGAGGAGUAAUUGGUUGGUUGUGUGGUUUAAGAAUCCCACAUAGUGUUUCUUCAAGUGUAAUUUAUCUGGGGCAAAGUGACAAAUUCAAAACACAAUCUCCAAGGUAAAAUUAUAAGCGGAGGUAUUUAGACUACAGCACUUUGUGAAAGUCAGGUUUUGCUGCCAUGGGGAAAUGUGGGUUUACCACUGAAAUGCUGACAGAUGUUUAAUUGCAGAAGCAUGCCUGGUGAUGUUUAUAAUUUGCAAAAUCAAAGUAUUAAUAUCAUUGUUUUAAGAGGACAGACAUCCCCUUCUACGCAAGAUCAAUUUGCAAUUAAUUUAGAUGGAAUGUUGCAGUACACAGCUUCUCUAUCAUACGCACAUGACUUUGGACGAAUGCCAUAUAUUUCGUAGUUUAUCUAAUGCAAACACACACUUCUGGUAAUCACAGUGGGAUUUACCACUCUGCAAACUAGCACAGACAGUCACAAGCCAAGUACAGAGAUUGAUGGAGUAAGGAUUUUCCUUUCCAUUCCAUUAAAGAAGCUGCCUGUGUGAAUGUAGAAUUAGGGACAAAAGAACAUUAAUUUUUGGAAAUGCCACAAAUAGAUUCUCUCACUCCAAGAACAUUUGCUACAAAAAAAUAAAAUAAAAUAAAAAAGUUUAUAAACAUUUUUUUAAAUAGACAAAUGAAUAUUUUAGUCUUCAAGCCACCACUUACCCAGGUCUUUAGCUGAGCUUUUAGGAUGCCAGGGAAUUUCACUAUCAGAAUGUUUAUCAACAGCACAGUUUCUGAGAAAAAAGCAUAAGAUUAAUGUUUUGCUGAAGAUAAACUUCACACUGUAACUGUAUGCUUUGUUGGGCAGGAGAGACAGAAGCCCAGGGAGGCAGAGCUGCAAUCUGGGGGCUGAGUGGAAAGAGGAAUUCAAGAGCAGACAGAAGGGUCAGAAAAGGAAAAAUGAAAGAUAGGAUGGGUAAAAGAGUAAACAGGCUAGAUAAAGGAUGGUUUGAGAGAACAGGAAGUUAUGAGUACAAGGAAAAGUGGGGGGAGAGGGAAAGCCUUACACCGAGGAGGAAGAAUAUAUUAUUUAAUGUGAUGAAAAGAAAAGGAAAUUAAGCUUGGGGGGGGGAAAGGUCAUGGACCCUGUUGAACAGGAAAUCCAAUGACACAGGAAUAGUAGGAAGCUGGAUUUUACACUCUUAUUUGAAACAACCAGCCACAGAGCAUUGUUAAGUAUAAAGUAUAAGUAUACCUACGGUAUAUUGUCUAAUUUGCAAUGAUAAUGAAAUAUCUGCUGGGAGGAACGCAGAGAGAAGAAACUACAUGGUGCAUCUGCAGCAGCACAACUGGACAUCUUCAUCUGCCCCAGCUGCAACAAAACAUGUCUCUCCCACAUCGGUCUCUACAGCCACAUCAGGCUCUGCGACCUCCCAACAGCUUGACUUCACCCCCAAAGGCACGCUCCUCCAUUUUCUUCCAAGGAAGAUGGAUGCCAGCACAAUGACAAUGGAACAUAUACACUGGUACCUCUGGUUACGAACUUAAUUCGUUCCGGAGGUCCGUUCUUAACCUGAAACUGUUCUUAACCUGAGGUACCACUUUAGCUAAUGGGACCUCCCACCACCGCCCCACCGCUGCCGCAUGAUUUCUGUUUUCAUCCUGAGGUAAAGUUCUUAACCCGAGGUACUACUUCCGGGUUAGGAGUCUGUAACCCGAAGUGUUUGUAACCUGAGCUGUACUUGUUUGCUCUUUGUUUCAAAAAGAUGAAAAAUAAAAUAAAAUAAAAAGUUGUGUUGAGGUGGAGAACUGGAUCUGACUGAUGGGCUGGAUUCUUGUCUCCCCCACCCCUAAUGGGCCAUGUUUGACAGGUUGGUGGGGUUGCUCACCUGACAUCACAGUGACGUCAGGUGACCCAUUUCCCCCAUGUGCUUUGAAAGCAAGGCAUGUGGACAACGGCACAGUUCUUAAAACUUUUAAGCAUGAACUUCAGAAUUAUUCACAUGUAAGCUUUUAUGGAGCUACAUUUCAGUUACUAGGCAGGUGGGAGGGGAAUGUGUAGAAAAGAAAUAGCUAGAGAGUCAUUGCCAUGCACACUUCAUAUUGGGCCUUAUUGAGUCACGUCAGCUACGAUUCUUCCAUACAAUAAGCUGCUGAUUUAGGUCUUCUGAGACAAAUGAAAAUCAAUAGCACCCAUGUUGCUGAUUGACUGCCCUGUAGGGAGUAUUUUACUGAAUUUUCCUUUGACUCUUUCCUUUCAGUUUUUUGAACCUACUGCAAUGCAUCUUCGAAAUGACCAUCAAACCAACUGA